GGUCCCACCAAGGGGUCUCAGCGAGGGGUCUCACCGAGGGGAUCUCAAGCGCGCCGCGGCCGUGCAAAGAGGGGGGAGGGUGCAGGGAGCUUCUGUCGGGGUCCCCUGGGCGAGGUCCAGCCAAAGCAGGCAUGGGCGCCUCGUGCUUCCAGCUGCUGGGGGUGUCGCUGGGCCUACUGGGCUGGGUGGCCCUGGUGGUGGCCACGGCCACCAACGACUGGGUGUUGCUCUGCUCCUACGGCUUCACGGCGUGCGUGCGCUUCGAGGACAUGGGCAGCAAGGGCCUCUGGGCUCAGUGCAUCAGCAACAACGGCAUCGACCACUGCAAGCCCUUCGCGGAGAUAUUAUCCCUGCCAGUGUACAUACAGGUGUGCCGGGCACUCAUGGUGGUGGCCUGCGUGCUGGGCCUGCCGGCCAUCCUGCUCGCCAGCACGGGCCUCAAGUGCAUCCGCCUGGGCGAAGAGACGGCCUCCGAGAAGGCGCAGAGGGUGGUGGCCGGCGGAGUGAUGCUCAUCCUCGUGGGCCUGUGCACCCUGGUGGCCACCACGUGGUUCCCCGUGGGCACGCACAAGGAGAGCCUCAAGGGGGUGGUGAACUUUGGCUACUCGCUCUUCGCGGGCUGGGUGGGCACUGCGCUGGCCAUCGUGAGCGGCGCGCUGCUCUGCUGCUGCUCGGGCGGCAAGGAGGAGCGCUACUACGCCUACCCGGCCACCGCCACCGCCACCGCCGCCGUCGCCGCCACCGCCAGCAACAACGUCGGCCCGGCCAGCCACGCCAAAAGCUCCCACGUGUGAGCCCGGCGCGUCGGAGAGGAAAGCGACUGUGGCGCGACCCGGAGAGGCGCUCGCUUCUCUCUCUCUCUCGGUUUCUGAGUUCGUGGCCCCGUGUUCCCGAAGCCACGCGAGAGCCACAUUUGUGAAGUGUACCCCAAACAUGUAUCCAUCUCGCCCACCUGCCCAGUGUUGUUUUGUACCCAAGCGAGAGGCACAUUUAUACAGUGAAAUUUUUGCAAAGUGUACCCCAAACAACCCAACCCAGUGGCAUUUUUCCAAAACGUACAUAAUUUGUACACGACCCAAGGGAACCUUUCGUUGAAUGUUCCCCAUAUCAAUGCGGUGUGUCCCUUAGCAUAGGGGACUCAAAAAGAGAAACCGACCCAACCGCGCCUUGACAAAGAGUCUCCUUUGUGCCUGGGCGACUCAGCGUGGACAACGUCUCGCAGCUUCAUUGUGGAACGGCCCUGUUCUCCAGCUUGUAGGACGCGACGCGGUGUCAAAGGAGCUCCGCAUAUCCCGUCUCACUCGCACGCUCGUGUUAAAAUGCAGCGGAAUAAAGUGCGUCUUACAAUCCGGAGAAUACGGCAAUGCGCGGAUGUAACGCUGCAGCUCUCCGUUGCUCAGAUCUACCGCCAACCAUAAAACCGGUUCCGCUUCGCACAGCGCGUCGCGUUCUACGGGGCCAGCACCGGCGCGUUGCAGACGCUGCAGCGAUAACGAUAAUCGAUAACGAUAAUCGAUAAUGAUCAUCGAUAAUGAGCAUCAAUGAUCGUUGGCGCCGGCGUUGAGAAUACAAAAUAACGAGCAGAGAAUUCGCCUCCUUCGCGUCUGUACCCUCCACCCUCCACAUUUUUUAUUGAAAUACAAAUUUUAAAUUUAAAAAAAUUAGAUUUUUUUAUUGGGCCAAUAAUAAGUGUUUUAGAAAUCCCGUAAGCCACUUCGUCUUCUGGGAGUGCAUAACUCAAUCGGCCAUUGAUUGGUUCAACACAAUCAGAGUGGAUUAGUAGCGAUUGGUUCCACUGGAUGUUUAAACCGGUUCGGAGUUUUGCUUGCGUUGAACCGCAAUCUACUUUAUUAUAUAUACAAUGUGUGUGUGUUGUUUAUGGAGGGGAAUGUGUUUGGGUCGUAAUGUCUGCUUAUUUGUGUUGUUCGGUUAGGGCGACUGUUGCCAGCAACUCGCAAUCCGCGGCCCCCCAUCCCACACCCUACAGGGUAACGGGGCCUCUCUUAGCACAGUGUUAGGGUUUGAGUCCGGGUUAGGGUCUGACUGCAUUGGGGACACCAGUCGACCAAUCAUGAAUCGACGAGCCCAGCGGGUGUCCAAACUGUGGUUGCGCGAAGGGCGCUCGAGAAAUCGUCCGUGGAACUGUGGCAGAUGCCACGACGUUCAGUCGCUCUCACUUGGAAAACAUCAUUUUGUUGUUGUUGUUGGUGGUGGUGGUGGUGGUCCAUUGUGGGAUUACGGUUGACCCGCCCACACGGACAGGUCCAUCAAGGUUUGGAAACCCCUUCGGUGAGACUGUAACGGUUCGAAUCGGGGCUGAGAUCAGAGUUGAUUGAUUGGGCCAAUACAAGCUUGGCAAUUUUAGUUGCGCGCGCGUGUAUAUAUAUAUAAUGUGUGUCAUAUAAACUAGCAAAGACCGUGAUAGUGCUGUUAGCGAGCACCUAUUAUUAAGGCCGACACGGCACACCCGAGGGGUUGGUGUGGUCAGAACCAAGCUCGGCUACCAUUGCCCCCCUGUGCCGAGGUUCACGGCGCACGUCGGAAUGUUUCUUUGUGUCCCAGUCGAGCCUAGGGAGUGUCAGGAAAUGUUUGUUCAGUUAAUUGGCCACCACUGAUGUUAGCCGUGGCCGGGAUUUGAACUCGGGUCGCCGAUUUUGAAGCGCAUAGCGCUAACCGCUACACUACCGCUCCCCACGUACACGCACAGACUAACACUAACACACUAACACACACACACGUCACCCCACUGCACACACAGCUCUGUCUCUAACAGUUGCGCAAACAAACAUACACACACGUGUUCACUCGUACACACACACGUGUACACACACACACGUGUACACACACACAUUUGUACACGCACACGUGUGCACUCGUACACACACGUGUACACACACACGUGUACACUCGUACACACACGUGUGCACUCGUACACACACACGUGUACACACACACACGUGUACACACACACACGUGUACACACACACGUGUACACACAUUUUUACACACACACGUGUGCACUCGUACACACACGUGUACACACACACGUGUACACUCGUACACACACGUGUGCACUCGUACACACACACUCGUACACACACACGUGUACACACACACACACGUGUACACACACACACGUGUACACACACACACGUGUACACAAAUACACGUGUACACACACACACGUCAUCCCCGCCUGUACCCGCCGGCCCUCUCGGAGUCACGGCGGCGGCUGUCGUCUCGUCGCGCGCACCUCGUCACCACCUCGUCGUCAUCACCUCGUCGCACUCGUCAAUAAACGGCCUCGUCACGUUA